AUGUCAACAACCGCAGACAAGAUCAAGGCCAUCGAGGAUGAGAUGGCUAAGACCCAGAAGAACAAGGCCACAGAGUUCCACUUGGGUCAAUUGAAGGCUAAGCUCGCGAAACUCAGACGUGAACUUCUCACUCCAACCGGAGGAGGAGGAGGUGGUGGUGUUGGUUUCGAUGUUGCCAAAACUGGGAUCGCCACGGUGGGGUUUGUUGGGUUCCCAUCGGUUGGUAAGUCUACUCUUCUUUCAAAGUUGACCGGGACACAUUCGGAAGCCGCUGCGUACGAGUUCACCACUUUGACCACGGUUCCUGGGACAAUUAAGUAUAAAGGGGCCAAGAUCCAAAUGUUGGAUUUACCGGGGAUCAUUGAAGGGGCCAAGGACGGUAGAGGGCGUGGUAAACAAGUCAUUGCUGUGACGCGAACCUGUAACUUGUUGUUUAUUGUUUUGGAUGUGAAUAAGCCACUUAAACAUAAACAAAUCAUUGAGUACGAAUUGGAAGGGUUUGGAAUUAGAAUCAACAAGACCCCUCCAGACAUUUUGUUGAAGAAGAAAGAAAAGGGGGGAAUUAAUAUUACCAAUACCGUUCCGUUGACUAGAUUGACAAAAGAUGAAAUCCGCGCGGUCAUGACCGAGUACAGAUUGAACUCUGCUGACAUUCAGUUCAGAUGUGAUGCCACCGUUGAUGAUUUGAUCGACGUCAUUGAAGCCAAGAAUAGAAAAUACCUUCCUGCGGUUUAUGUGUUGAAUAAGAUCGACUCCUUCAGUAUCCAAGAAUUGGAGUUGAUGUACAAGAUCCCAAAUGCUGUUCCAAUCUCCUCAGGUAAAGGAUGGAACUUGGAUGAUUUGUUAGAGAUGAUGUGGGACAGAUUGAACUUGGUACGUGCUUACACAAAGCCAAAGGGACGUUUACCGGACUUUAAUGAACCAGUGGUUUUGAAGAAUGGGAACUCUAGCAUUGAAGAUUUCUGUAAAAGUAUCCACAAGAGUUUGGUGGAUGAUUUCAAGACUGCUUUGGUGUAUGGUAGCAGUGUCAAACAUCAACCGCAAUAUGUUGGUUUAAGUCAUGUAUUACAAGAUGAAGAUGUGGUUACUAUUUUGAAGAAAUGA